AUGAACGACCGUCUGCAAGGGAAAAACGCCUCCUAUGCACCCGGGCUCGACAGCCUCUCUGCCGGCCAGAUCUCGUUGUCCACACCCUCUGCCAAUCUCGCGGGCGUCAUGUCGGCUGCCCCCGUCUCUCGGCCUGGUGCGGGCGGCAAGAAGAAGUCCCGGCGCAACGCCGACUCGUCGGCGCAAAAGCGACGCUGUGUCAGCACGGCCUGUGUUGCGUGUCGCAAGAGAAAGUCCAAGUGCGACGGUGCACUGCCCAGCUGUGCUGCGUGCGCCAGCGUGUACUACACCGAGUGCGUCUACGAUCCGAAUUCGGACCACCGCCGCAAGGGCGUCUACCGCGAGAAGGUCGACAGCAUGAAGGCCCAGAACUCGACGCUGCAGAUCCUGAUCGAGGCCAUCCUCAACGCGGACGAGGAGGAUGUCGCCGCGGUUGUGCACAGGAUCCGCACGUGCGACAGUCUGGACGCCGUGGCCGAGUCUCUCGUCAUGGAGGACUUUGAGCAGAACGAGAGCCACGGCGGCCUGCUCGGCUCCGGCUCGGCCGACGCUUCCAUGAUGUGGUCCGGGAACCCUGUCGAGGGCGAGGUGGAGCUGGCGCGCAAGAUGGGCGAGCUCCGACUCGAGAACGGCUCCGUGCGCUUUAUCGGCGGCACCUCGCAUCUGAUCUACGUCGGCGACCCGGCCGACGAUGAGACAGGCUCUGCACUUACGGCCAGAGACGCGCAUGGCAGGGCGCUCGAUGGCGGCCAGACCAGGCCCCAGCUCGAGCCGGCCUAUGGCACGCGGGAAGAGGCGAUUAACAGCUGGACCACGGUGACCAGCGACACGGCACUGAUCGAGUUUCUCAUGCAGAUGUACUUCAACUGGCACUAUACAUACUUCACCACCCUGUCCAAAGACUUGUUUUACGAAGACUUCUACCGCGGCCGGCCGAAGGUGCUUCCGCGCCGCACCGUCCACUGCACCUCGCUGCUGGUGAACGCCAUGCUCGCGCUCGGCUGCCACUUCACCAGCGUGCCCGGGGCCUUUGCCGAGCCGGGCGACAGCCGCACAAAGGGCGACCACUUCUUCGCUGAGGCCAAGCGCCUGAUCGUCGAGAACGACGAGUACGAGAAACCUAGGCUGGCCACUGUCCAGGCGCUGGCCCUGAUGUCGGUGCGCGAGGCCGGCUGUGCUCGCGAGGCCAAGGGCUGGGUGUACAGCGGCAUGAGCUUCCGCAUGGCCCAGGACAUUGGCCUCAACCUGGACACCGGCGGCGGGCCAAACGCGGCCAUGAGCGCGGACGUUGAUGGCCACAACGGCCGGAUGGACGACGGCGAGAUUGACGCCCGCCGCGUCACCUUCUGGGGCUGCUUCUUGUUUGACAAGGCGUGGUCCAACUAUCUCGGCCGUCUGCCGCAGCUGCCAAAGGGAUCGUCCAGCGUGCCCAAGUACGAAGUCUUGCCGAAGGAAGACUCGGAAAUGUGGGCAGCCCUGACGGAUUCCGGCUACGACGAGGCCACGCGCCAGCCAUGCCGCACCCGAGCUGCCGGCCUGAAGCUGUCGAAGCUCUGUGAGAUCAGCAGCGACCUGCUCCUUUUUUUCUACCACCCGAACAACAUUGGCCGGUCCUACAGCAAAGCCGUCGAGCUGAAGAAGCUCAGCGAACUGCACCGCCGUCUGGAAGACUGGCGGAAGCAGCUGCCGAAGGAGUUUGAGCCGAAGGAGGGCCAGCUGCCGAAUAUGAUUCUGACGCACAUGUUCUUCCACCUGCAGUACAUCCACCUCUUCCGACCCUUUCUCAAGUAUGCGCCCGACGUGUCGCCCCUGCCGUCUCACGUGUCACCGCGUCGUAUCUGCACUGUGAACGCCGGGGCGAUCUCGAAGCUGAUGCGACUGUACAAGAAGACGUACGACCUUCGGCAGAUCUGCAACAUUGCCGUGUACAUGAUCCACUCGGCCUGCACCAUCCACCUGCUCAACCUGCCGGAAAAGACGGCCAAGCGGGACAUCAUCCACGGCGUGAAGCAGCUCGAGGAGAUUGCGGAAGAUUGGCUGUGUGGCCGUCGCACGCUUUGCAUCAUCAGCGUCCUGGCUCGAAAAUGGGGCGUGGAUCUGCCGGAGGAGGCGGCCACCGUUCUGCAGCGGACCGACGAGAAGUACGGGACGUUCAAUACCAGCGACGUGCCGUCGCCGAACCGUCCGAUUCCUGCCCUGUCGCCACCGACCACUUCGGCCUCACCCCAGCUCGUCCAGGGCGCCGAAGCGGCGCCAUCGGUGCUCAUACAGACCGCCGCAGCCCGGAACACUGAACGAUCGUUUGCUUCUACCAGCUCGACCAGCCCCUACGGACAACUGGCACAGACGUCGCAGCCGCCUGCCCACGGCAUGUCCUACCUUGGCGUCACGUCCGACGGGUUAUCGCCCCCGACUGCAAGCAUGGGCACGAUGCGGCGUGUUCUCCCGAUGGCACAGGCCGAUAGCGAUCUGCCCAAUAUGGGCGCUUGGUCCGUACCGUCAACGAUUCCGCAGACUAUGCCGGGCUAUGCACAGCCGACGGCGCCGGCCGUGUCCUCGCAGCAAAUCAGCUCUCCCUUCUAUGCGCUGUUCUGCGGUGCGCACGGCGUGGACUUUGAUUUUCCGUUAGACGGCCUCGGCGGAUCUGGUGCUAGUCUUGAUAGACUAGGACUGGAAUAA